AUCCGUAAAAUGCAGUUUGGAUAUCAGCAUGUUUUCCAGUGGAAAGUGUUAUCUUCGACCAAGAAGUUUCUGUCUGCUGUGGUCUCAUCCUUCACACAGCAGGUGUUGUAGCAUGGUGUCAUUUGCUAGCAUCUGAGAUUUAAAAAUAAAUAAAUAAAUAAAAAGAUGCUGAUUUCCACACUGCCACCAGAUUUCCUGAACUGUUGCCUCUAUUAAUCAUCUGUAGGUUCACUGUUUGUGUUUCUAAUUAGCAAUGUGGUUUUAUAGCAAAGCAUUAAUGGAUAAGAGCGUGUACUGUGGAGGCCGCCUGUUAGUUGUUGUCCCUGGAAGUUAUGAAAUGGAUUUCUUUUAAGAUUUUAAAAUAUCUUUUUUUUUAAUGGAGCCCUCUCUCUCUGAAGGCUGACCUUAAUAAGUAAUCAUAAGAUACUGUUAUAUUGAACUACUGAGUGUGCUUUGACUGCACGACGUGUGGUGUGCUCUGUACCUGAGCAGCGUAUCUUUUAUCACUCAGCAAUGCCUUCAAAUGCGUAUUUAGAUUUAAAACGAUACAAACCUCUCUAUCCCACCAUCACUUCUGUGAGGGAGGCUUUCUUUCAGCCAGCACAGCUUUACCAAUGGCUGCUGUGAUACCGGGAUUGCAUAGCUGAGAUGUCCAUCACAGGGGAGGUUGUUCUGAUGGGAGAUGUUGCAGUUACCUGUGUUGUUUUGCCAAAAGUAGGACUUGCUGGGUUGGAGUUGGUUUUGCUUCCUGGGUAUAACGGGUAGAAGCAUUAAUAGCUGCUUGCCACCUGACACAGAAUCACUUGUCCAACAGGUUAAACACCUCUUCGUGUGUAGAGUAGUUAAUGGCUAAACAAGCUUUGUGGCGGGAGGAGGAAGAAUUUAGUGUGGAACAAGGGAUUGAAAUGGGAGUAAUGAAAUUGAGAAUAUCAGGAAAAACCUUCAUGUCCAAAUGCGUAACAGAAUGUGCACCACAGCCUGGGGAAAUGAAGGUGGCUGUAACGAAAAACAGUAAGGAACACAGACUAAAAGGAAACAAAGUGUCCUGUGCGUCCUCCAGCAGCGAUAGCGGCAGCAGCAGCAGCAGCUGUAGUAGCAGUAGCAUCAACAGCCCUGACAGAGCGAGCGGCUCAGAACCCAGCCUGAACCCCAUAGUUACGGGAUCCAGCCCUGUCUCCUCUCAGUCCUUCCAUGAGCAAUCUGCACUAAGUCAAGGUCCUUACUUCCACAUCAACCAGAUCCUGAAGGAGGCACACUUCCACAGCUUACAGAGCCGGGGACGCCCUCCUACAUGAUGAACCAGCAGUUCCUUGCCUUCUGUGAAGGGACAGCACUGUGUAGAUUGGAUAUUUCAACUUAGUUUGUUAAAAUGAAAUUGCACAAAACGCCUGUUGCCUUUUCAGUCUAUAUUUGAAAUGAAAUAACAGGUUAACAGGAAAUUGUUUACUUGUGGUUUGCUGCACUAUUGCAAUGCAAAAGGGGCUUUGAAGCAAUUUUUAUAGGAUUCUUUUCGGGGUGGUUUUAAAGUACGUGUCAAGAGGAGACUGAGGAAUCCACAUCUGUGAUAUAGGAUUGCAUAACGUCCAAUUCCAAUUGACUGCCUAAUCUGUUAGCAAUUUGUUGCUCUAUGUAAAAUUCUUUCCAGCGUUCACCUUCAGUUUUAUAAGUCUUUUUUUUAAUUUCAAUAAACCAGUGAAAAAUUUAUUUGGGAAAAUAAUUUUUUGAGCAUUUAGAGGUAAUAAGACAGUAAGAGUAAAUGCUGUCACAGGAGUGCUGUAGGACUGCUGUAGCUGCAAGCUCUCCACCAGGUUUGGGGUGUGAUGAGCCCUGUCUGCUUUAUCUUCACUGUUGCAGUAUUGAAAAUAAAUUGUGAAACUAGAACCAGGAAAGCUUAGGCAGCUGUAGCCAAAAUACCAGAUGCCUGCUGGUUUCAUUUAGUGAACAGACACAUGGUAUCUGCUGAGGAAAGCAUAGAGUAGCCUGGGGAGGAGCUUUUGAAGGAAAGAGGAAAGUUACAUUGCUCUAAUACCAAUUUCUAGCUGUGAAAUGUUUUGUUCUCUGAUACAUUGUGUAGUUUUAUUUCUUUAACUUGACUUUAAGGUUAACAACUCCUAAGGAAUAGGAAGUAAAAGAGUAGCUAGACCUCUGGUUCAGCAGCCAGAGUGCAAGGACUGUCCUGACUUGCUCCUGGUUUAAGUGGCAUACUACCAUCUGGCUGAGGAUGGAAAGUACUUCUCUUCUGACAACACCUGUGGAGGUGCCACCAGUUCCUGCUGCAGGGAGAGUGUUCUCAGUGAAGACAAAUGCGGAGACAAACUCUUUUAUUAAUCACUUGGUCAUGCCAGAAAGCCAUCCCAGCUUGAAGAGAGAAGGUGCGGAUGUGUCUUCCUCCUCAGUUACAAGCUGCCUGAACAAGGAGCCAGGGCGCAAGGCCUCGUCUUCUGCUCUUGUGAGUGCAGGAGGUGGAACCUGUUUUUAAAUACAAGAGAGUCAGGAAUGAUUACAGCAUACCUUUGACCAAACCCUCAUCUAUAGUAGCUGCAAGGGGGCACAGACUACAGCAGAAGAGCUGUUCCCAGACAACCUAACCGGCUUUGCAGUGACAAACAGCAAAAGGUUGUUCUGAGAGGAGGAUGCACAGCUUCUUCUUGUUAGCAACUAUACGGAAGUCAUUCAGUGCUCAAACAUAGUAGUUCUGCAGUAAGGGAAGGGCUGUUGUUGCUCCAUUGCUCUGAGCAACAACAGUAAAAGUACAGCUGUUGCUUUUGUAGAGAGCUGCUCUUGAGUAAUUGUGGACUUUAACCUCUCUAGAACUGUUCUGUGUCAAAAGGAACAAGUGAUUCUGCAGAGCGGAGUGAAUGCAGAAUGUCCAUGUACUCCAUAGCCAUUGCUGCCCCCAGAGCAGGGGAGUGGUGGAAGCAAGACAAACAUCACUGCACACUUCUACACGCUACUACAGCUGAGGUGAAAGAGGUAAAGAAUACCUUUACUGUUAAGCUUUGGGCUUUUUAAAUAACCCUGAUACUGUGUCUGUUUUUUACUACUUCUAAAUAAUAGAGAACAAGAAUUGCAGAAUAAAUGCCAGCAUCUCAAGUAACACUCUGCUUUGAUAAAGCCAGCUCUUUAUUCUUCCAUCCCAGUUGAAGAAACAUUGAUUUGAUUAUUAGAUUGUUAAUGGCUAAAGAAAAUGAAUCACUAAUUCCUGCUUCCUGUAGCAGUAAGGUAGCCCUUGGCUCUUUCAAUCCUCAGCACAGGGAGCUCCACCUAAGCAAAUGUUUUAAACUGGAGGAAAUGUAGCAGCGUAAUGUUUGUCUGCUAGUAAAACAGCAACAAGACAAGGCAGAGCCUUUGCAAGAGAAGCAAGCCACUCUGUUCACACAGGCUGAAAUACCCAGGCCAACUUCAUCGGGAGUUAAAGGUCAGCAUCGCACUGGAAGGGAGUUGAAAUAAUUAGAUAAUAUCCUUUAACAUUUCUUGCAGCCAUACUUAAAUGAAAUCCUUUUAUGCAUUGAUCUCAAAACACCUCAUCUGUGCAAAUCUUCACUGCAUUUUCAUGAUGGUUAUUGCCAAUGUUUUACCAUACAGCAAGCAGGCCCCAAAAAUAUCCAGGGGCCAUCAGGUUUCUUUUGAGGGUCAAGGGGAAAUCCAACCAUCUCAUGCUGUGUUGCCGUAAUGGUUCUCUCAUUUUACAGAAAAUAAAAAUCAGGUUAAAUAUUAA